AGGGAUUUUCUUUUAACCUUAAGCACCGCAGAUAAAAACCGAACUAAAGCAAGAUCACAAAGCUUUCUGUAUUGGAGAGAACCACAAAGAUACAGAAACAAGAGUGUUACAUCGAUUUGAAAUCUCCUAUUAAUUUCCAUAGAAUAUUUUUGAAUUAAAAUUUCUUGGUAUUUUACUUAGUCAUGUCUGUUGAUUCUUGCAAUUCAGAAACUUUUGAUAACAAUAUUGGGAACUUACCUAACAAGAACUUAACCAUGACUUCAAAGGUUCUUCAUACUUCAGGAGGAACACCCUCAAGCUCUAGUAUCGCCACCACAACUAACGGUGUCACCAACACCAACAAUAUUCCGAUUUUGAAUGAUAACCACGCUCCACGAGAUAUCAGACAUACUAUACAAACUCACACCGUGGCAGCAUCAGGUACCACAGCAGGUGCAGCAGCAGCAGCAGCUGCUACGGUAUUAUUGCCCCCUGAUUUGACACCCAGCUAUCCUUACGACGAACCAGACGAAGACGAAUACAACAUGCAUAUAGGUACUCAGCCUCCACCACGAAUAUACACAGAUGAACACCCUGAACCGGAGUUGUUGCCUACUACAGUAGGACGUGAUUCACAAGGAAGAAUAAUACCGUCCACUUCUACCAUUUCCUUGCUUUCGUUGAACCAACAGCCAGAUAUGUCUAUGACGUCACCUAAAAUUAUCGUCAGCAAUCCUCCAGUUUUUAUAGAUAGAAAGAAUUCAUUUGGUCAAUUACGGAACUUGAUCAAUCACAAGCGAUUACAACCAUAUCAAAAGAUGAAUUCGCCUAAUGAAUAUACAUUUAUGACCACCACGACCCAAUCAAUACCGAUUCAAGAAGAGCAUGUUUUACAACCACCAUCCCCUAAUUUAGAUCCAGUUUCACUUGGUGGAUCACCCUCAAGAUUUUGGUUGAAUUCACCCACAAUCACCAAAUCGUUAAGUAAAACCCAGUUGCAAUAUACUCAGAAUACCCAAACCUUACAUAGUUAUCAAAAACAACAACAGUUUCAUCCACUAGCUCCUAUUCCACAACUGGUAGAACUUCCAAUGCAGCAAACGGACAGUGAAUUAUACAUAAACAUACAACACAGAAAUGGGAGCCAUUCACCCACUUUAGAUCCAGUACAAACUCCAUCAGAAGAUCCUCCUAUGACUCCAUUAUCAUUAAAUCGAGCUGUAAAUGGAUAUUCUACCGAUUAUUUCAAUUUAGAUUCUGUAAUGCAGAAGAAUAAAGAGGAUGAAGCGAAUUAUUAAAUGAUGAAACUAGAGGGUUAAAUGAAUAGGAGGCAGAAAGAGCAAAAGCUGACGAUGACGUAAUUUGUUUCCUUGAUCAAGCAUUUACGGAAGAUGUCUAUUGUAUAAUCAUAAUUUCAAAGAAUUGUUUUCAUGGUGGGGUAAGAUUAUGUGCUAAUUUGGAAUGUGCCGGUGGGAGAGUCAUUCUUGGAAUUUGCCAGAUGCAAGAAGACUAUUCUAGAGUUUGUCAGAUGAGAGCAUGUCAUUAUAGAAUUAGGCUCAUUCCAGGCACUUCCGACUCAGCCGCUAUCACCACACCUUAUAACACCCAUCGAGUUGGGAAUAGUGAAACAUUGAAUGAUUCCGCUGUAACUGUCUGAUCAAAUCAACUUUUUGAUACACUACUAUUUUUUAUUAUUAUAUAUAUUACUAGUUAGCAUUGAAUGAAGGUUAUGGGAUUUAUUUUGAUAAUUACCAUUUAAGUAACAGUAUAGAUGUGUUCGUAUUCAAAUCAAAGCUCGUUUAUG